AUGGCAGUAGCGAAGAACUUGCUGGCGGUGCGUGCCAAGGUGGCCGAGGCUGUGGCCAAGAGCGCGCGGCAGCAGCAGUGCACGCUGGUGGCGGUGAGCAAGACCAAGCCCGUGGAAGACCUGCAGGAGGCCUACGAGGCCGACCAGCGCCACUUCGGCGAGAACUACAUCCAAGAGCUGGUGCAGAAGGCGCCGCUGCUGCCAAAGGACGUCAAGUGGCACUACAUCGGCCACGUGCAGUCCAACAAGGCCAAGCCGCUCGUGCGGGACGUGCCCAACCUCUUCGUGGUGGAGACCGUGGACUCCAUCAAGAUCGCUAAUGCCCUCAACAAGGCGUCGGGCGAGUUCCGCAGCGAGAAGCUCAACGUCAUGGUGCAGGUAAACACCAGCGAGGAGGAGCAGAAGUCGGGCAUCGACGCCGACGGCUCGGUCGAGCUGGCGCAGCACAUCGUGUCGUCCUGUGAGCACCUGAACCUCACGGGGCUCAUGACCAUUGGUCGCUACGGAGACACGACGUCCGAGUGCUUCGACCGCCUCGUGGCCUGCCGCAAGCGCGUGGCUGAGGCCAUCGGCAAGGCUGAGACGGACCUGGACCUUAGUAUGGGCAUGUCGGGCGACUUCGAGCUCGCGAUCUCUUGUGGCAGCACGCACGUACGUGUGGGGUCGACCAUCUUCGGUGCUCGCAACUACGCAAACAAGGAGUAGAGUGGACGGGUGAUGAUGACUCGUGUUCUGCAGGCUACAGUGUCUUAGAGCAGAUCAAACGUCAAUGCAGAUUGCAAGAUAAGGUUAAUGUUCUCUGAAAUUUAUUUCAGAGUCUACCGGUGAUACCACUUUCCACGCUAAUUACAUAUAUCAGAGUUUAGCGACUCCCUCUUUGCUUG